AAGCUAGAGCAUUGCACAUAUAGGCGCCGGAUCGCGAACUCCGGAGUGAACUAUGGCGGUAGCGCGAAACAGGGUUCUGGCAUUGGCCAAAGGCGGUUCCUCCAGGAUUCCGCUACGGUUACAGGAAGCUCAUUAUCGAUGUAUUUGCCGGAGAUUUGUUUCUACUGAUCCGUCGAAUUCGAUUUUGAAUCCUCUGGUUCUCAGGUUGAUUCAGGAGCCAAGUUCGUCUGUGAAAUCCGUGCUUGAUUCGCCGGAAAAUGAUUUUCUUGGCAGCUCGCGACUUUCCUGGAAAGCUCUUGUUACGUCUCUUAUAUCUUCCUCGUCGCCUAAGAAGGCUCAGCUGGCUUUGGAAUGGAGAUUGGAGAAAAUGAACAAAGAAAACGAGAGGGAUCCUGACUUUUACAUCGACCUAAUACGUCUUUGUGGAGAGCUUCAGAAUGUCCCUCUUGCAAUGCGUGUCUUCACAGCUAUGGAAUUUCAAGGAGUUAAACCCACGGUGACUGCUUUCAAUUCACUUAUAGAGGUUUGUAUAUCUUCGCAUAAUAUGAUAACUGCCUUCAGCAUGUUUGAAAUAAUGAAAAAUUCUGAAAGUUUUAAACCCAAUGCUGACACUUUCUUCUAUUUCAUUUCGGCAUUCGCCAAACUGCGCGAUGUAAAUUCCAUGGAAGCAUGGUAUUCAGCCAAAAGAGCGUUUGAAUUCUCUGCUGAUCUUCGAACCUAUGAAGCUCUUAUACAUGGUAGUGUGAAUUCAAAGUGCUUUGACUUUGCUGUUAGAUGUUUUGAUGAAAUGAUGUUAUCUGGCAUUGUGCCCAACGCAAUCAUAUUGGAUAAUAUGCUUGAAGGGUUCUGUAAAAGGAAAGAUUUGGAUGAACUCAAGAAGUUCUUAACUGUUGUGCUUGACAAAGGAUGGGAGAUCAAAUGGAAUGUGGUAGAGAAAUUCAUUCCGAUAUGGUUUGAAUCUGGGGAGGCGGAAGGAAUGGAGGAGAUCCUUACCAAGCUGAACGAAGCAGCUCGACUAUAAAGAAGAGGAUAUUCAAGAAUAAGUAUGUUCCGGAGUUUAGCAGCUUUAAAUAGAGUAAAUAUUCUAUGGGAGUUCAUUUUUCUUUCAUUUUCUUCUUCUGGCCUGAGAGAGGAAAGAAAAUUGAAUUCGAUUCUCAAUAGCAUAUCGUCAUAAAGAAAUGGUAGAAUGAUAACAACGUGUGUGCCCCAUGUUCAAACGAUUCGAUGGAACUCUUUAAACAUGGCUUGCCAUUUGAAUGGGCAGAUGGGCUUGCCACUUGAAUGCCAUUUGAAUGGACUAGACUUAUUUAUUGACAGCAGUAAA